CCGCUAGCAGAAAAUGAUCCGGAAAUUAUGGCCAUCAUUAGGAAGGAGAAAAUUAGGCAGAUGACUGGAUUAGAACUUAUUGCAUCUGAGAAUUUUACAAGUCGGGCUGUGAUGGAAGCACUGGGUAGCUGCCUGACUAAUAAAUAUUCAGAAGGAUAUCCUGGGGCCAGAUACUACGGAGGCAAUGAAUACAUUGAUAAAAUCGAACGACUCUGCCAAAAAAGAGCCCUUGAACUUUACGAUCUCGACCCUGAAAAAUGGGGCGUUAAUGUACAACCCUACUCUGGCAGUCCCGCUAAUUUUGCCGUUUUUACUGCCCUCCUAAAACCCCACGACCGAAUUAUGGGCCUUGACCUUCCGGACGGGGGCCAUUUAACCCACGGCUUCAUGACGGACGCUAGAAGAAUCUCCGCAACAUCAAUCUUUUUUGAGUCCAUGCCAUAUAAGUUAAACCCCAAGACGGGUUACAUAGAUUACGACAAACUGCAAGAGACAGCCCGCCUUUUCAGACCACGCCUCAUCAUAGCAGGAAUUUCCGCCUACUCAAGAUUGCUGCAAUAUGAUAGGUUCAGAGAGGUUAGCUGA